CAGGAGAGUGCGGUCUGACUGGGUCCGCGGCUCUGGGGCCGCGGCGCGAUUGCAGGAGUUUCGGCCCUCAGCGGCUCCCAUCGCGGCUCCCGGGAGCUAAGCGAGACGGCGACGGCGGCAGUCGUCCCUCCCCACGCGGGCGCGCGGGCAUGCGGACACCCACUCGGCCGGUCCAGGCCCUCAGCCUCCCGGAAGCGGAAGGGGAGAGCGGCCCGGCCUGGGCGGCGGCGCCGGAGGAGGCGGAGGUGGCGCGGCAGGAGGAGGGGAAGGAGCUGCUGGCGGUCGGGAGAGCGGCGGCAGCGAGAGGCGAGCCAGCGGCGACGAAUGAAGAACUUUUUCACUUACUGCAGGAUUUUCAGCUUCAGCAAGCAGGUUCUCAUGGAGAACUGUUAUUGAAGAGAGAUCCAUUUGGUGGGAUAUAAUUAAAAAAAUGAAUCAAAAGAAAAUCUCUAAAUGCAGAUGCCAGAAAAAUUACAGCACAUCUCAGUGAAUUUGCAAGUGGUAAGUUUGCUUUUGAUUUUACAUGGUGAUAUAUUUUGGAGUUAUGGGCCAUAGUAUCCUUGGAGUCUUAUGCUUAGAUGCACUUAAUUGUCAGUUAGCAAAUGUAGUUACUUUAUGUUUAUUUAAAAGUUUUUAUACUAAAUUUUAACCAAACCUGUUUUCUUAAAUAAGACUUUUUCUAUAGAGAAAAAUAAUCUGUAAAUAAUAUGAGUUUCAGAAACAUCUUUCUGAAUCGUAAGUCUUAUAUGGCUUUACAGCGAAUCCUUCUGUACUUCAUUUUUAAAAAUACUAAUUUUAAAAGCAUUUACUAUAAGGAUAAUAUAUAGUGACAAAGAGGCCUAAAUUAAACAGUUAGUUUGUAAGUUUAGUGUCUCUUAGGUUAUCUUUAUUUUUAAGUUAAUUGAAAAGAAUUUAGAAGUACAUGGUUGUUGAUAAACUUAGAAGAAAACAUAAAUAUUUGAAAGCCUUCCUUUUCACUACUCCUUUCUCUCUCAGCCCAUUGAGAACAGUUUGGCUGGUCUGUUUUCUUGCAGUCUUUUCUUCCUGUACUUGUGCAGAAAUUACUUAUGCACAUACCUGCAUAUUUUUUCUAACAAAAAUGUUAUAUAAACUAUUCUAUAAGUUGCUUCCCCAACACUUAAUUUUGAAAAAUUUCAAACAGAAGCAUUGGAAGAAUUUUGUUUAACAUCUGAAUACCUAUGACUUAGAUUCUUACCUAACAUUUUAACAAAUUUCAGCACAUACUCAUCUGUCUUUCUGUCCACUAUGUUAUUAAUAUGGGGGAUUCAUUUCAAAGUAAAUUGCAGAUGUCAGUAUGCUUCCUCUCUACAUAAUUCAGUAUACAUAUUGCUAACUAGAUCUCAGUAUUGGUUUAUAGUUUCUUAAAGGUAAAUUUACGUACCAUGACAUGCAACAAUCUUAAGUGUACAUAUGCUGAGUUUUGAUAAAUUCAUCUUUGUAACUCAGACUCCAUUAUCAACAGAAACAUGCUUGUUAGCACCACAGAGAGUUCCCUCAUGCCUCUUCCUGGCCUGUCUCUAUCCCUGUCUCUUUCCAGAAAAACCAGUUACGGUCUGUUCCCUCUCCACUCCUAAUGGAUUUUGCCUAUAUCACUUGCUUUAUUCACUCAGCAGUAUGUUGUGGGUAGUUAUAUGCAGAUCUAAAUCUGCCUUCUUUUCUGCCUUAAAAAAAAAUUGCAAUAGCUUGGAAAUAGUCUACACUAUGGGUGUAUUAGAAUUUAUUUGAUCAUUCCCUUUUCUCUACAUGGACAUUUAGAUUGUGCCAUAUUUUUAUGAUUACAGAAAGUGCUGUAUCCUUGUACAUCCUUGUCUGUAUAUAUACAGUUUCAGGAGUACUUUUUAGGUAAUACUAAAGAUAAAACUGCUGGGUAAAAGAGUUUUACAUUUUGAUACAUACUGCCAAAUUGCCCUCCCAGGAUGAUUGUAUCAGCUUACAUGCCCACAGUAAUGUAUGAGAGUGUCCUUUUUUUUCUGUGCCCUCUUAACAUUGGAUAUCAUCUUUCUAAAAGUUUUUCAAUACAAUAGAUGAAAAAUGUACCUUGUUAAUUCCUAAUCAGUAAUGAUUAGCCAUUGGAUUUUUUUCCCUUUGUGAAUUGCUUCUUUAUAUAUUUAUGUUGUAUGCCUCUUGUCGGUCAUGUGUUGCAGUAUUUUUUCCAGGAAUGCUUUGUCUUUUAACUUUGCUUUUCAUGUGUUUUGGGCUUCAGAUGUGUUAAUUUUUAUGUGGUCAGACAUGGUUGAUGGGUCUUCAUUGUGAAGGCCUUCCUUAUUCCAAGAAUAUAAAACCACUUGCUAUUCUAAUAGUUUUCCUUUUAAUGAAAUUUAGAAGAAAAAGAUAAAUCAUUGUGAACUGAAGUGCCAGGAAAAAUUUCAAAUGGAGAGUGAGAUUCAAAUUGGCCUUGAAGUCUGAGUUGAAUUUAGAUGAGUAAGCAGAAUGGUAGGCACAUUUCAGACAGGAGGCAUGGAUGGAAUAUCGUCAAACAGUGGUAACAGGACCACUUAGGCUGAGGUGAAGAAUCACAUAAAACUGUAAGCAUAGACAUAUGUGUUCGGAUAGAUUUCUUGGUAAUUAUUUUGGCUAAUCUUUAUGCUUUUCUAAAAUCUGCAUCUUGAUGUUAUAGUUUUCUGUCAUUUUCAUGGUGACUUGAAUAUUCUUCUUGAGGAGAAUAUAUGGUGAAAUACAGUUGCCUGAAAAGGCAAAAAAUAGUGGUAUUCUUUUGGAGUAAGUUGAACAUUAUAAAUAUUUACUCAGUCUGGUUUAUUAGAGUUAAAUUAUAAUUGUUUUUAAAGUUUGUGCUGUAGUAAUUUACAUCAUUUAGUCACUGUAGUCAACUAUAGUUACCAGAUAGCAAUCUUAAAAAAUGUUGAAGUACCAGUAUAUCCACUAGUUACUUAAUCAGAGUUUUGAGUUAUGAGCUCACCAUUUAAUAUACAAAUUAGUAUGUCAGAAUCUCCAGCUAAUGAAAGUAUUUUAUGAAUGCUGUCCUUAAGACCGAGUAACAGCAUUGUGUUCAGUUUGGUUGUUGCUCAGGAUGUGUAAUAGUUUCUCUUCAGCCAUAAGCCACGCCUGGUAGAUAUUAAUUGAGUGGAGAGAUCUUGCACCUCUUCCAGUUAUGCAUUUGUGGUUUGUCAUCUGAUUUGGAGCACUUGGAAGAUCACUGUUUUGUGUUCUACGACCCAAUUGAGAGGAUUAUGUGGAGCUAAGUUUUACCAAUCAGGAUCAUCCUUCCUUGUGGGUUAGCAGGCAGUUAUAAGAUUGCAAAAUGGGUCUCCGGAUUCACUUUGUUGUUGACCCACAUGGUUGGUGCUGCAUGGGUUUGAUUGUCUUUGUUUGGUUAUACAAUAUUGUUUUAAUUCCCAAAAUUGUCCUCUUUCCUCACUAUGAAGAAGGACAUAUUCCAGGCAUAUUAAUAAUAAUAUUCUAUGGCAUUUCCAUAUUCUGUCUGGUUGCCUUAGUGAGGGCCUCCAUAACUGAUCCAGGAAGACUCCCUGAGAACCCCAAGAUCCCACAUGGAGAAAGGGAGUUCUGGGAAUUAUGUAACAAGUGUAAUUUGAUGAGACCAAAGCGUUCCCAUCACUGUAGCCGCUGCGGCCACUGUGUGAGGAGAAUGGAUCAUCACUGUCCAUGGAUUAACAAUUGUGUUGGUGAAGAUAAUCAUUGGCUCUUUCUGCAGUUGUGUUUCUACACUGAACUUCUUACUUGCUAUGCACUGAUGUUUUCUUUCUGCCACUAUUACUAUUUUCUUCCACUAAAAAAGCGUAAUUUGGACCUCUUUGUUUUUAGACAUGAAUUGGCCAUAAUGAGACUAGCAGCCUUUAUGGGCAUUACUAUGUUAGUUGGAAUAACUGGACUCUUUUACACUCAACUAAUUGGCAUCAUCACACCUUGCAGUCUCAUCCUACUCAAGUGUGGCUCUGUAUCCAACAACAGUCUUGGAGAUCUCAUGAAGAUUUCUGAAACUUUUGCUCUGCAGGAUACCUUCCUUUGUGGUUAUGUGCCCUGAAAACUCCAGCCUCCGUGUCUUCAAUUCAGUGAGACUACUACUCUGCUUGGAUUCCCCUCUUAUACAAUGGUCUACCACGUGACUGCAAGCAGAAAUCUAAGGGAAUUUCAGGAGUCACCUCAUUUAUUUUCCUUUUUUUCAGGGAUUAUAGUAGUACUAUACCACCUGUCAGCCAAUGUGUGAGAAUGGUGGUUUCAUACAUUUUCUCCAAUUCUUUCAUUGUUACAGGAGCCUCCAUUACUUUUCAAACAGUAAUGCAGUUGCAGUUGCCUCUCCUUUUCUUCAUUAUGUCUUUAUCUCUGGCAGUUUGAGCCAAGAGAGGGCAUGGAGAAGUACAAUGACUAGAGAGCACUUCUGUUGAGGCUCAUUCAUUGACUCCUACCCCAGUGCUUUAUGAAUGUGUGCUGCAGAUGUCAUACAGCAUCACAGCUUCUUCUCUAAUUUAUGAGCCAUAAUUUUUUUUUUUGUAUUUUCAUUGUAUUACCUGCUUGGUUGCAAGAGGAUGAUGAGGAGGACUACUAUAGGAUAAAUUUGUUUUUAUAGAGCAAUUUCUCAUGGAUCACGAGGGAUGGUACCCCGUUUUCCUCAUUGAUAUCGGCUUGAUCAUCUGAGUCAGUGGGCUCAUUGUGGAAACAUAUGGAAUCCUUUAUGCUUUUUCUCAGGCUGCUUCUGUUGCAUGAAAUAAAGCCAGAGUUGAUUGUGAAUUGAAGCCUCUGUAGAUACUUUUUAAAAGAUCUUGUUCCGUCAGCCUUAUAACUAAUCAUCAUCAUCAUUACCACCACCAUCAUCAUCUAUACUUUAUUGAGGAAUCUCAACCCACUGGAGCAAAGAUAUAAAGCUUUUUUUGUAAGUAAAUGUGCCCUGUUAACUCCCAUUUGCGCUACUGGAUGAUGGCUCCCUUAAUGACAUUUUGCUUAGAUUCUGUAAUGUUUUUCAGUCACUUUUCUUUAUCAAAACAUUUAUUCUGAUAGUUAAGCCUUGCUCAUGUUUAAUUUUAAUCUUUUUUUUUUUUUUUUUUUGAGACAGAGUUUCGCUCUUGUCGCCCAGGCUGGAGUGCAGUGGCGCAAUCUUGGCUCACUGCAACCUCCGCCUCCCGGGUUCAAGAGAUUCUCCUGCCUCACCCUCCCGAGUAGUUGGGAUUACAGGCACCUACCACCACGCCCAGCUAAUUUUUGUGUUUUUAGUAGAGAAGGGGUUUCACCAUGUUGGCCAGGCUGGUCUCGAACUCCUGACCAUAGGUGAUCCACCCGCCUUGGCCUCCCAAAGUGCUGGGAUUACAGGCAUGAGCCACCGCGCCCGGCCUAACUUUAAUCUUUUGUACAAUUCAAAGCCCUAUUUCACUCCUACACCUAAGUCAGGCUAGAGUUGAAACUCCAGAGCUGCUUUCUCAUGCAGAGAUUCAAGUAGGAAAGAGGAAGAGGCCAAAGGACAAGAGCCAGGUUCUUCCCUAUUGGUUGUUUCUGCUUCUCUAACCGGCACCAGCUGACUGUUGACAUCUUCUGUGUGGUUAGUUUCCUCUUACUGGCUCUUUAGUCAUCUCUCUGGAGAACGCUGGGAGAGACAAAAGAUACUCUCCUCUGCAGAUCCCUUGAUUUGAGGGAUCAGGCUUCCACUUGACCUCUUUCCUCUCCUUUGACUCCAGUGAAAGACAGUCUACCCGGCAACAUCUUGUAGCUGGGAUGCUUUUGCAUGGUAGGUGAGGCUGUUUAUUGAAGUAUAGGUGAAAUGAAAAAUGUUCAGCCACCCCUAGGUGGUAUCCACCCAGCUCAUGGAAAUUUUAUUCUUUCUAUGAAAACAAUGGAAAUGUAAGCAGCUUCUCAGCCAGCUCUCUCAACUCCACCAUCUCUUCCUCACUCAUUUCUCCAAGACCAAACAAUACAACACAUACUCAACAGGCCUGGUGCCUUACCAGCUUUCAGAGGAUAGAUGAUCAUUAAUCUCUUGGUUAAUGAAAAGUGAGGGUUUGGUGAACCUACAGAACUUAGCUAGAAUUUCUUUUAGGGUCUUUCUCCCUUAGCUUUGAGGAGAAGCAUCAGGUAUCCUCCCCCAUGGGAAAAGGGAGGUUAUAGACUCUUCUUAUGAAUAUUCACUCACAGGCAACACAUCUUUGCCAGUUUUUCCUUUAUUUUAAUAGGAUGGCUGGGGUUGGAGUUGGGGAAGACGGAAACCGGCACCCUGCCGUAAACCUAGAACAUUUUGUGCCAUCAGUUUAUGCAUUUGCUGCAAUUCCAGGACAAUGGGGAAAAUCCUGUUUUAUACUAACAACAACAACCAUGAAACUAUACUACUAGUAGCUGACAUUUACUGACUUCUUAUUAAAUGCCAUGCAUGGUACUGAGAGCCUUACAGGCAUUACCUCCUCAAAUCCUCAGGACUAUGAAAUCAUCCCUUAUUAUCUCUAUUUUCCAGGUAAGAAAAUUAAGGUCACCGGCUAUUCUGUAGUAGAGCCAGAAUUCAAACCUGGAGUCUGCCUUUUGAGUUACUAGUGGUGUUUUCCCCCCAGAUUAUGUAUUUUGGGCGUUGAUACGACUGAGUUUCCAUCUUUAGGUGCAUCUUCGCAGGUAUCAAUUGGAGGAACUGGAGAAGAUGCACUGGCGCUGUGAGACAGAAGUCAUUCUCAGCCAGGAGUGUCAUUUUCUCCUUGGAGUCUCUAACUUCAGGAUUCUGUGAUUUGGCCAUAAAUAAUAAAUAUGGUUUAGUAGAGGUUAAUAAAAUGUUUGUUGAAUUACUGCCAACUUUAUUCUAGGUCCUUGUUUCUUUGGUUGUUCUUUUAGGGACUAACUGCCUCUCUGGGAAUUAAUUUCCCAGUGUGGAUUUGAAUUAAUUCCCCCAGGCCACAGAAUUGUAAUCUGGAAGAGUUCAUUCAGCGAAUGGCACCCAGCUUUUCUCUCUCUGGUUUGCCAAAGAGACUGUGAGGCUUUGUUUGAACACAGGCAACAGUGCUGGACGGCAGAUGUUUACAAAUAACAUUUGUUUAAUUGCUUAGGUACUUUAUAAUGUAUUUUUCUCUUAAGCUGUGGAAAACAUCCUUUAUCAGCUUUAAAUCAGAGUAACUUUGGAGGGCCCUUCUGGCUGCCUUUUUUCCUUGUGCAUUGGUCCAGACAGAUGCAGUGAACAAAAAGAAGAGAAAGGGGAAGCUGUUGGCAGUUACCCUCAACUUUGCCUCUUUGUAGCAGCAAGCAGCAAUAUAGAAAUGAGUACCGUUUCCAGUUUUGCUCCCCACCCCCUGAGAAAAAAGCACCCAAACCAGCAGAAAAGCACUCAGAGCCAUCUAGCUGAAAAGACAGUCAAGGAGGGGGAUUGUUUGGUGGCAGCCCCUCUGUAGAAGUACACCUUACAGCAUCUAUAGUCAGUUUCUGAAUUCUGCGAAUUUCUCAGGGACCUGGCAUGGCCUUUUUGGCUGGUACAAGCACUAGUAGAAGGUUUAUGUGAGCAUAAUAAGAGUGCCCAAGGUGGCCUUUUACUCUGCACUGUGACUUCAGUCCCUUACAAGUGCUGCAGAGCGCCUGACUAUUGCACAUUGAGAGGAAGCGGGCAUGUGGUAAGUUGGUCUAGAUUUCAGAUGCCUUCAGGUUUCUAGGGGAAGCCCGCAAGAGGAAAUGGGACUCUCAGAACCACCUUCAGAGAUAUAUUGUGGCCACAGACUCUUCUCACUCUAGCCUCAGCGUGCCAAGCUUUAGGGCCAUUCUCCUCCACCCUUACAUCAUUUCCACUGACGCUUCUGAAAGUACCCACAGCCAGACCUCACCAGGAGAAUUUGAUUCAGUAGGGCUUGAUGUCAAGUGGGAAUUUGCAUCCAUAUAUCAAUCCAUAACAUUUGAGAUGUUCAGCUAUGGUCAGUGUAACCACUACAUUAGUGCUUUCUAAAAUAUGUCACUAAAUAUAUCCUUUGUACGUAACAGUUACGAGAAGGUUCUCUAGAACUAAGAUUCCAAACCUGGCUCUGCCACUUAUUAGCUGUGUGACCCUGGACAAUACACUUAAACUCUCUGUGCCUUAUUUUCAUAAUCUCUGAUAUGGGGAUGGUAGUAUUUACCUCGUGCGGCAGUUUGGGGAUUAGAUGAAUUAUCACAUGUGAAACACUUAGGAUGCAGCAAUCUCUCAAUACAUUGUUAUGAUUUGCCUGUAGAGGAAAGAACAUUUGCUUUGAGGUUUGUUUUGCUGGAUUCACAUAGAAAAACAGAGAAAAUUUCCUUGCUCUACAUCUGGCCAUUACAUAGCAAGAGCCUUUGGAGCUACUCUGGAGUGCCAGUAUAUUGUUUCCUUUUAAUUCUUGCUGUGAUUUAUGUCUCUUCUUCAAAAAACAAGCUUUCUUAUACAACCCAGAUUUUAUAAAAUGUUUUUAUUUUCAAAUCAAUACAAUUUAUUUAAAAAUAAAAAAUAAGUCUUAGGGACUACUUUGGCUUCUCCAGGAGUCAGUCUGAUAGUAGACAAGGCACCAAUCCUCCUGUGACAAAUACACUUAUUCUAGGCAAAUACUCUUAGUAUUUUUUAAGUUUAAUUAGCUUCAACAAAUAUUUGUUAAAUACGUACUAGAUGUGAGGCACUUUUGGUAAAGGGAGGAAAUAAGGGAAAUAAAUCUAACCUUUAUGGAGCAGCUGCUUUAUGCCAAAUACUAUUGUAAGAAUUUCAUAAUCACCCUGUUUAAUAUCUGCAAUGGAUGUGGUUAGCUGUAGUUUACAGAUAAAAACCCUGAGACUCAGAGUUUGUUGCUCUGGCAUUUAUAAAAUCCCAGGCUCUCCUCUUUCCACUGUGCCAUACCAUCUCAGAAGAUUCAAAGAUAAAGAUGGAACAGAGUCUGACCUAAUGAUGGUGUUUUAUAUUUACACAGUCUAUUGUGGUUUAUAGCAGCAUGCAUGUCUACAUUCUGCAUUCUGAUUUGAAUACAGAUCCCGUAACUGCUGCCCUAUCCUGUAUUCCAGCCGACGUUUACAGAGUUGAUCAUAACCUAUGUUUGUAGGGACCUUGAUGCUAUCGGAGUGCUUUUGUCCUACUUCACAUGUUUAUCAUAAUCUUUUGAAGGAAUUAAUGACAAUCCUAGUGAUGGCAAUAUUUAGUAACCAUUUACCAUGUGCCAGGCACUAUGCUAAGAGUUUUCCACAUUGUCUCAUUUAACCCUUAGCGUAGCUGGUAGAUCAUUUUCACAUCUCCAUUUUAUAGAUAAGGCCACUACAAGCAUUAUUGCAGUGCAAAAGUUAAAACUCACAUCCAAGUCUAUCUGCCUCCAGAUCCCCAAAUCUUAAUCACUGUUAUACUAAAAUAUUAUAUGUAUCUAAUUAAUGAAGAAACCAAGGCUCAAAGGGGUUAUGGCCUUGCCCUAAGUAUGUCAGUUAGACUGGGAAUCAAUCUCCCAUCUUCUGAUGAUACACUUCUGAUCAAUAAAGCACACAAAUGCAAUAGUAAAAGGCAGAAUAGGCAACAAAAUAGGAAAAAUGGCAGAUGUGUGGUCCAGUGGGGUCAGGAAAGGCUUAUGAAGAAAGUGAGCUGGACCUAAUAGGAUGAAUAAGAUUUCCAGAAAUAGACAAAACCAGGAAGGAUAUUUCAGAUGAAUGGAAGAGGAUUAGCAAAAUGAGAAGACAUGGAUAGUACAGAAACAAAAACAUGCUAGUGUUAAUUUACCACAAUAUGAGGUGUACCUAGGGUGUUGGGACAUGAGUCUAGAAAGCUAUGUGUGCUUCUGUGCAAGUCUGAAGUAUUAGCUCCUACAUUGUUGGAGAAUGGGGAGCCAUUGAAUGUUUUUGAGCAAGGAAUGUGUCAUGGUCAAGGCCACACUUUCAACAAUUUUAAAAAUUGAUACAUAAUCAUUGUUCAUAUUCACAGGGUACAAGUGAUGUUUUAAUACAUGCAUGCAAUAUGUAAUGAUUAAAUUGGGAUAAUUAGCAUAUUCAUCACCUCAAACAUAUAUUUUUGUGAUGGGAACAUUUCAACUCUUCUAGCUAUUUUGAAAUAUACAAUAAAUUAUUAUUAACUAUAGUCAGCCUACUGUGCUGUCUAACACUAGAACUGAGUUCUUCCAUCUGACUGUAUGUUUGUAUCCUUUAACCUCUCUUCAUCCCUUUUUGCUCAUUCUUCUCAGCUUCUAGUAUCCAUUAUUCUACUCUCUACCUCCAUGAGAUCAACUUUUUUAGCUCCCACAUAUGAGUGAGAACAUACAAUAUUUGUCUUCCUGUGCCUGGCUUGUUUUACUUAAUGUAAUGAUCUCCAGAUCCAUUCAUCUUGCUGCAAAUGACAGGAUUUCAUUUUAGUGUUCCAUUGUGUAUGUAUACACACCAU